AUGGAUCUCGCGGUGACACUUGUCAAAUCGGUGAUGCGAGCUUUCUAUCCAACCAGAGAUGUUCUAGUAAUAGACGCGCUCAUUCUUCAUGAAGCUCUCCGUGAUGACGACCUGGCCUAUUUGAUGGCCACGAACCCGAAGGACCUUCAUAAAAUCUGCGGGAAACUCAGGGAGGAUAGAUUCUUGACAGUACACACGAGGCCAGAGUUCCGAGAAGGAAACCCACGACCGAGUAAUCGCACUUGGUACUACAUCAACUACCGCCACACCAUCGAUGCCAUAAAGUGGCGUGUCUACACAAUUGACAAAGAUGUUCAAGGAACAACGGAGAGAACAACGGAGAAGAAGGAGUACGUCUGUUCGUUCUGCAAGGCUGAAUGGUCGCCUUUGGAGGUAUUGGACAGCCAUGGCCCGAACGGUUUCCUGUGCCAUCGAUGCGGCCAUGUCCUGACCUUUGAAGCAGAUCGCAAUGCUGGCGGUCACGAACAGUCCACUCGGCUGAACGACCAAUUCAAGUUCAUAAGUGAACUUCUGCAAAAAAUCGACAAUGUACACAUACCAGAAUGUGAUUUUGAUCGCGCUCUCGCAAAGGCUAGACCAGUGGUUCGCGACGCGACGCACCAGAUUGCGGCAACUACGCCCAUGGAUUCGGGCUUAAACAGACCAAUGGCAGUAAAGGGACUGAUGAACACAGGGCCCCAAUCCAUCUCUGUCAACAUUUCGACUGUUGAGGGCGCAUCAGAAGCAGAGAAGGAGGCGGAGAUCGCGCGCCGGGAAAAGUUGGCGGCCCAGAAUGCUUUGCCGUCUUGGAUGUCAAACAGCACUGUUACUGGUGAAUCCUUUGCGGGUGCUACUGGGACAGGACCUUCUGUUAUCAAGAGCGAAGCCGCGCCGAACGAUGAGUCAAAGCAGAAGCAGGUAGACAGCAAGGCUAUUGCUCAGAUCGAUGAUAUCUUCGAAACACUCAAAGCUGAAGCUGCACAGAGGCAGCAAGAUGGCUCUGACGAGGAAGACGGCUCUGAAGAGGACGAAGACGACUUUGAAGAUGUCCCAGCUGCUGGCGGUAACUCCGGUCUGGACACAUUAUCUCUCGGCCCGUCGAUGAAGCGAGAUGCUUCCGAGGAGCUAUCAAAAGGUGAUACUGAGUUAGAAGAGCAUAGCAGAAAGAGGGCGAAGAUUGAACCCGAAAUUAAGGCAGAAAGUGCGGGCAACGGCAGCGGGGAAGAUGAUGAUGAGGAUGAAAUGGAGUUUGAAGAUGUAUAA